AUGCUUCCGGUGCCAGUGCUAGAAAAGCUUAAAUUCCUAUAUCCGGUUUAUGUAUUAGGAAUAAUAUCUGUUGGGUACAUCGUCGGUGAGCUUGGUCACUAUUUAAUCGGUGUCACGAGUAAAGAAACGGCCAAAGAUUUACACUACGGUGACAUAUCCUGUCAAUUAAAUGAUACCACGUUAUCAGUUAGCGAAUUACCAUUUAGUUGCGAAACUGCUAACAAUUCCGAAACAUGUUAUUCUUACAACAUAAACGGGACGCCAUAUUGCGAAUGGGAAUAUAACGGUUUGGGUUUGGAUUAUCAAAUUUUAGCCGGACCAUCUUUUAUAGCCGUUUUUACAGUCGUCGGAGUUUUCUUUGGUAUCGUCGCCGAUAGAUGGAACAGGAUACGAAUGUUGACCAUUUGCACGAUUAUAUUUGCCAUCGCCAUAUUUUUAAUGGGAGCCGUCACAGAAUUUUGGCAUUUGGUCAUAUUGAGAAUGGUUUUGGCUGCCGGGGAAGCAAGUGUUAAUCCGAUCGGUACUGGAAUUUUAUCCGAUAUAUUUCCAGAAGAGAAAAGAGCUUUGGUCAUGUCUAUAUUUAAUUGGGGUAUAUACGGUGGUUACGGUAUGGCUUUUCCUGUCGGUCGUUACGUUCCCCUAUUAAACGCAUGGGAUUUGGGUUGGAGAGUUUGUUACUACGGUGUCGGAAUCGUCGGUAUCAUCGUCGGUAUACUCACGGGUCUUACAAUCAAAGAACCAGAAAGGAAAAUAAUCGGGGAAGAAACGACGGCUGACAGAAGCACUCAGAAAAAGAAAAAAGAUUGGAAAGUUAUUUUGCAACCCCGUGUCGUUUUGCUUUGUCUUGCCGCUUCCAUAAGACACACCGGUGGAAUGACUUUCGGUUACAAUUGCGACUUAUUCUACCGUGAAUACUUUCCCGAUUACGAUUUAGGUUGGUGGUUGUUUGCAGUAACUGUCGUCAUAGGUUCCAUAGGUGUCGUAGCCGGUGGUGUAAUAUCAGAUAAAUUCGUAUCAAAAAUGGGUAUCAAAUCGAGAGUUUUAGUUUUAGCCAUAAGUCAAUUGAUAGCAUCCCCAUUUGCUUUCGGUAGCGUUUAUUUCGAUCCUGUCGGCGCCAUGAUAACAUUAGCUAUUUCUUAUUUCUUCGCCGAAAUGUGGUUCGGUAUUGUUUUUGCCAUAUUAGUCGAAGUCGUACCUUUAUCAAUGAGAUCCACGACCGUUGGAAUUUUCCUCUUCGUCAUGAACAACGUCGGAGGAAAUUUACCAAUUUUAGUCGAACCAAUCAGAACUUCUUUAGGAUUUAGAGAAUCGUUAUAUAUUUUAUACGCGGGAUUUUAUUUAAUAAGUAAAUAUAAAUUUAAGGAAAAAACGCGCGCGUUUUUUUAA